UCCGUCGCCCGCGUCGCUUCGCUUUCUUGACACCUGAGCCGGCCGCCCGGCGGUUCUGCGGCUUUCCGUCUUGCCGCUGCGGGCCGCGAAGCGCGGCCAUGUCCCGAAAGCAGGCGGCGAAGGGCCGGCCGGGCAGCGGCAGCCGGAAAGCCGAGGCCGAGCGCAAGCGGGACGAGCGGGCGGCGCGCCGGGCCCUGGCCAAAGAGCGGCGGAACCGGCCGGAGUCCGGCGGCGGCUGCGAGGAGGAGUUCGUCAGCUUCGCCAACCAGCUGCAGGCCCUGGGGCUGAAGCUGCGGGAGGUGCCGGGGGACGGCAAUUGCCUGUUCAGAGCGCUUGGUGACCAGUUGGAGGGACACUCCCGAAAUCAUCUCAAGCACCGACAGGAGACAGUGGACUACAUGAUAAAACAGCGGGAAGAUUUUGAACCCUUUGUAGAAGAUGACAUUCCUUUUGAGAAACACGUGGCCAGUUUGGCAAAGCCUGGCACAUUUGCUGGCAAUGACGCAAUUGUAGCCUUUGCAAGAAAUCAUCAGUUGAAUGUGGUGAUUCAUCAACUUAAUGCCCCUUUGUGGCAGAUUCGUGGCACAGAGAAGAGCAGCGUGCGGGAGCUGCACAUCGCGUAUCGGUGCGGAGAGCACUACGACAGCGUGCGGAGGCUCAACGACAACUCGGAAGCGCCCGCUCACCUCCAGACUGAUUUUCAGAUGCUCCAUCAAGAUGAAUCAAAUAAAAGGGAAAAGAUCAAGACAAAGGGUGUUGACUUUGAAGAGGACCUGAGAGAUGAAGUAGAAGAUGCUGUCCAGAAAGUCUGCAAUGCCACCGGAUGUUCAGAUUUUAACUUGAUAGUCCAGAACCUGGAAGCUGAAAAUUAUAAUAUUGAAUCUGCAAUAAUUGCCAUGCUUCAGAUGAACCAGGGGAAACGAAAUAGUCUGUCUUUGGAAGAUGCAGAGGAGAACCUGGAGUGCAGCGGCCGAGUGCCCCAGCCAUGUGGCCCUCUGUGGCAGGAGGGUGGCAGCGGCACGAGAAUCUUUGGAAACCAGAGCUUGACUGAAGGCAGGACUGAAAACAAUAAGGAGCGGGCCAGCCCGAGCGAAGAAAAUAAAGCAAAUAGAAACCAACUCCCUAAGGCCACCAACAAGCAGAGGAGAGAGCAGCAGCGACUGGAGAAGAAGCAGCGGCAGGAGGAGAGGCACCGUCACAAAGCCCUGGAGAGCAGGAGCGGCCACAGGGACAGCAACCGGGGUGAAGCGGAUGCUAACACACAGGUCACCUUGGUGAAGACCUUUGCUGCUCUCAACAUCUGACUCUGGCCCUCUGGGAGUUGUGAGAAGCGAAUGGAAAAUGCAGUGCUGCGUACCAGGCUUCUCCAGGGAGGCCGUCCUCUCACAAAUGAAACACAACCCACAGAGCUCACACACAGGCUCACACUCUGACUUAGUUUCCUUCAAGCUGCCUCUUUUUUGCUCAGACUUUUGUUAGUGAUGUGUUUUAUUUUAUGGAAGUUCAGUGGAGCCAUUCACGUUCUGUAAUUAAAAUACUGAGUUCUAGGGUUGGGGAGUGAGUUCAGGAAAAACCUUUGAAGUGUGGUUUCAUUUGCCCCCAAAAAUCAGAGUUCAGUCACCCUGGGAUUUUUUCCCUAACACUGUGGUGAGUUUUGCUGUAAUCGUUCAUGAGGUAGUUUAGAUUAAUUGCUAGAAAUUCAGAAUGACAAGUUUCCUUUGUGUCUCUCUCAUUUUCCAGCAGAUAUUCACAUACUGGUAGUUUAUAAAUGGUCUCCAACUCAGGAACACAUUUAGAUUUAAUUUUCUACUAAUCCAAGUUAAUCAGAAAUUAAUUCAGGAAGUAUUUUCCUAAAGUAAUAGGAUAUGAGAGGGCUGCAGCCUGCAGUCAGCGUGGAAAAUGAAACAGCUGCUCCUUCCUGAAUCCAAUGUUCUUUCAGAUGGGAUGCAGGUGCUGUGAGUUUGUUUGCACCCAGGCCAUAUGGUAAACACGCCAGACUGUUAAUUAGGCCUGGACCUUGCUGGAAAAGGGACAGUGUUGUUGAGUUUUUGGUACUUGUUUCUCGACGACGAGAAGGUGGCAUGUUACUGCUUAUGAUGGAAUUCUGAGAUUCUCAUGGUAUGGAGGGCAGAAGCCAUUGUUGUAAAGGGAAAAAUCAAGAAAUUCCUGAGUCGUAAGGAAGAAUCUAAAGAGUUCUUUGAUUUUGUAGGGGCAGAAGGUCUGGAGAAUAAGGUUUUUCAGGUUCACAUUUUAAGUGACUGUAUUUUCUUCCGUGCUACGCUAGACUCAGACGCCUUCAGAGGAGUCUCUGACCUGUCUUUCAAUUCUCUCAGUACUGUGAACAUGGAAUCCCAUAAGAUGCUGUAUCUUUCUUUCUGUUAAAGCCCUAUCUGGGAUUUUGAUGUUGGAAAAGCUCUCCAGCGCUCUAGUAGCUGUCAGUGACCUAGCUUAGGCCAGCAGGGCAGAGGCCAUUGAAUGGCUCCCCAGUUCCGAUGUGGAUUUGGGUCGUAGAGGAAGGUCGUUCCUAAAACUGGUAGAUGGAUGUGAACUCUCAAACUGUAAUAGACAAAGUGGCCGGCCGUGCACAUUUGUUGCCUCUUAGCGACCCAGCAUCUGGACGAAUAAAAUCUGCCGAGUCAAAAGGUAAAUUAGUUUUCCACUCAGAUUUCAAAAUUAUGUAAGUUCCAAGGAGAAGGGAAAGCCAUAAAAACGCUCUGGUUAUGCAGAAGCGUCACUGUCUGGGGGCCCUGUUGUCGCUGGAUUGUUUUUAUCAGCAGGCAGGCGGUUUCCUUCUGUUGUAAUGAUGUAUUUUAAUUUUUUGUCUGUUUGACUUCGGUGACUUUCUGUAGUUGGAGCGUCAGUAGGUUCCUGGAAUUGCUCUCAGGACAUUGCCGUUGGGGCUGCUUCCUGGUCCAGUGCAUUGUACUAUUUAGCAGAUUCAGAGACUGUGCGGCAUUUUUUUCUUCGCACAUUGCAGAGUUCUGAGCGUGAUGUCCACACAAGUGAAGGGUCUCCGUCGCCUCACUGUGUCCAAGAGCGUGAGACCCUGCGCCCGAGCCUCUGUCGUUCUCUUGGCUUUUGAAUCUGGACCCAGUGCUGACUGGCUGACCUUCUCUGAGUGAACGUUCUUUCCUGUCUGCCUCGUAUGGCAAGAGGGCAGGAGACCAGAUCCGCUCCGCAAGAUCGAGAUUAUGUACCAGCAGCUCAACAGGAUUAGGAGCCUGAGAUAGCUUAAGGGAUACCCCUUGUCAGAAGCAGUAGAAUUGCUUUAUGUGCCUGGUUUAUGGAGGUUUUAGAAGUUUUACUAGAAGCUGCUAAAAAGUUAUUAAGGAAUAUUGGGCACACUUAUAUACAAAUUACCAACUUCUGAUAAUAGGUUUCAGCAUUUCUGGGGUAAAAUAACAGCAAUUUUAAAAACUAAGCAUACGGCUUUGAUAAUUUUCUUUUAUUACCAUUUCAUAGUUUUCCAGUUAAAAUUGGUCUGUGUUUAAUAAGUUAGUUAUUUGGAACGGGAUACGUGUAUCCAGCUUUAGUGAUCUCUUCUAGCUCGGCGUUUGAAUUUAGACUUUACUGCCUCAGUCUCACUGAGGUGUGAGGUAAUGGAAUCCAUACGCUUAGUUGCUUCGUAGGCAUUUGAAAACCACGUUAUUGGCAGCUGGCAUGGAGGUGGGUUUGGUUCUGGGAGGACCACUCGGUAGCUGUGUCCUCGUACGGUUACUCAGUGCAGCCCGCGUUAGGAGGCACGUCCUUCUGAGCCUCUGCGUCACAUCUCGGCUGUUAGAGGUUCACGUGACAGCGGAUUGUCUCACUAGCUUUUAGGGAGGUCAGGAGAAAGGGGGUGGGGUGGUGGUCUGUAGCUGCUUACUAGUCUUAUCAACUGUAUAUGAAGGUUUUAUGGAUUUUAAAACGAUUUUUUAAAGGUCAAAAUAAGAAAUGAAACUUUAGCGGCACCAGCUUUGUGCUGGAGAGGUGGAUGUGUUAAAUUAGCAUAGGACCUCGUUCUCGGUAACAUAGUUGCCCUCAGGAGACAGGAGAGAGAGAGAGAGCUUGUCUGUAUGUUUAGCCUUUGGGCCGUGUGAACAUAUGCUUUCAGGAGCAGAGCCUGGUCGAGGGAUUGUGGCAGAAAGAAGGAUCUGGAAUGUCAGCCGAGGCUGUUGCCUGUAGUUUCUUUUAUAAGCUCUGAAAACCCUUCCAAUCCUGUUUUGAUCCCAAGGGCUUAUGAGAUGGGGUCUCCCUUGUGAGGCAGCUCAGGUGGGCUGAGCGGGAGCCUUUGAGUAGGUCGCCCAUAGCGCUCUGCCUUGCCUCCCUGGGGUUUACACUGUGAGAUGACACGGUCCUGGGGGAGGAGGGCCGUGCGAAGUGGGGGAGAGCCGCUCACGUAUUAAGUAGGGGUCAGGUGGACUUCGGCAUUGAACUGUACACGUAGCGAGUCCCUGUCGUCAAUGUGCAAUUUCUCUCAUUCUGAGAAACUCUAGACUCUGCCUGGGUUUUACUGGGUUGACAUAGAAUGCUGUCCGUUUACCUGUGUGAGAUGUCCAGCUCGAAUGUGCGGUCGGCGACAGGGAACUUGGAUUUCUAGUCCGAGUCGCCACGUCUCCCUGAACAAAAGGGCCUUUGUGGGAGGGAUGAAAGUGGUUUCUCGGUUUCUGUGCGUCCCAUCUGUGGCCCCCUCCGACUCUCAUUCUGGGCAGACACGUAGCUCUUCACCUCUUUACCUUUUUACCUCAAGGCUCUGUCUGUAGCAAACUUUUCGAUUCAGAGCCUGACACAGUUUUUCUGUUUUGCCAUCUUCAUUCCUCACCAGUUCGCCCAUCUCGGCUUUUAGAACAGGUGUUGCUAAAACCCUGGCACCUUCCGACAGCUGUUCUGGGGGGACUUAGUAAUGGCACUUUUUACGAGGUGCGUUCUCCUCACCCUAGAGCAGAUUGCAUUUUCCCACUGACACCGAGGCAAAGAUCUUCUAGAUUGUGUAUUGAUGGUGCGUCUUCUGCCGUCACCUACCAGAGGGGGGAGUGGACCACCGGUGUGAAGGGGAGGUGGUGACCCGCAGCCACAGAGUGCUUGCGCCCCGGGGCCCGGCCCCAGCCAGCUCUCCCUGGAACCUCAAGCUCUUGGCUGCCUCUUCUAAGCUCGCUGUCUAGUCUCCCUGGCCUGGUCAGGGGUGCUCCAUAGCUUGGAAGAAUGUUUCACAUCCUUGCAAAGUCCCUCCCGAAGGGGCUGCGGUCCGGGAAGAGCGUCCACGUAGAAGCAUGAACCUCCUGCACGGCGGCCUUAUUUUCAGCAGAGCAUCCCUGUGAUGCAGAAGGGCCGCUUACUGUGGUUGUCCGGGGCGGUGAUGGUCCCCGGACGGAACCGCCUCAAUCCGCCCCCGUGUGCGUCAGCAGCCAGUGGACCACCGUGGCCAGCCGUUCAUGAUGAUCACUGAAGCUCAGCCUGUGGUCUGGUCCCCUGGCGGGUCCCGGAGGAAUGCCGGCGUGGGGCUGCUCCGUCUUCCCACUCUCGUCGUUCACCUUCCAUGGUGGGAGGGGCCAGCGGCCUCCCCCGCCACCCUUCCAGCAACCUCCAUGAGCACCGAGCUCAGUAAGAAGAAGGAGGGGGCCAGGAGUUCAACUUCAGACCUACAAGUUCCUCUUGCUGACGAGAUGUUGUGGGGUGCAAACCCCCUUGUGGGGGAGACUGGCUGGGUCUGUGCAGAACAUGGGGCGUUGGCAGGCUCAGGAACCUUCUCUUUUUUCCAAUUGCACUAUACUUGUAGCUUCAGUCCGGAGAUACUUAAGACCUCCAUGGGGUCAUGACCCAUAGACUUAGCAAGUCUUGCCUUAUCUGUGGAGCUGGACGGGGAGAAAUGUGACCACUGUCUGCUGUCCAUAGUUCAUUUCCUCUAGGUUGUCUCUUUCCACAGAUUGUGUUCAUCCGAACCAUUUUAUUUUAUUUUAUUUUUUACCAAAGUACUGUACUUGGCUAUUUGCAGUGUUUUCAAAACCAAAUGUUUCCUUUUUUUUGUGUUUUUAAUCUUCAAUACUUGGUGCAAUAGAAGCUGCAAAGAUGUGCCACUUUAUCUACAACAUGGGGUUUUGUACGCCAAUAAAUUCUAGUUUAAAGACAAACCA